AUGGAGUUCCGAGGAGCGUGUCUGGUGUGUGUUUUGCUACUGCUGGUUCACGGUUCAUUCCAGCAAAGUGUUUCAAGGAAGAAAACGGUGAAAAAAGUCAUGAGUGAUGUGGACCCCGCCGUAGCGGGGCUGCAGAAGCAGAUUGAUGACAUCGUCCAGGAGUUAAAUCUGCUGAAGGAGAACCAGGCGCUGCAGACAGUCUGUUUGAAAGGAGUCAAGGUCCACGGGAAGUGUUACCUGUCCGACCCCGUUAAGAAGCGUUACCACCAGGCUAACGAAGACUGCAUCGCACUGGGAGGCAUACUCAGUUCGCCUACGUCCGCCGACGACAACGACCAGCUGAGCGUCUACGUCCGCCAAAGCAUCGGUCAAAACGAGCAAAUCUGGUUAGGUGUCAACGACAUGGUGAAGGAGGGAGACUGGAAGGACCAGACAGGCCUCAGCAUUCUGUUCAAGAACUGGGAUAACACCGAUUUCCGGUCCCCACAACCGAACGGAGCCCAGUCCGAGAACUGCGCGGUGCUCGAGGCCAAAGGCGGGAAAUGGUCCGAUGAAAACUGUCGCGAGGAAAAGGCUUCUAUCUGCGAGUUUAACAUAGUCUGAGGAGAACAGAUAUGAUAGCGUCUUAUCUUGGGCUUUAGCUGGCUCUUUGUCCUGCUUUUUAUACCUUUCUGCACUCUCAGCUAUAAUUGUCCCUGAUAAGGGGGUACAUCAAAGUAGGUCUAACUGUUAAUUUUGUUUUUGAGGAGACCUCAGCACAUGGCACUUUUCCAAAGCUGACACCAACAUGAAAGGUGACAAUUGUCUUAUAAAAGAUAGCCUAGCACACGUUGACAAACAGAUUCAAGAGACAUUUCCUCUAGACCUGUACAAAACAUGAUUUAAAAAAAUGAAUAUUUUACAUGAAACUGAAUCCUGGUAGACUUCUGUUUUAGCCUAUCCUUUUCUUUCUCUAAACGAAGUUUAAUUCAGCGCUAGCCUUUUCAAGUGUUUUUUCACAAAGUAAUGUCUAGCCUGUUGUAAACUGAAAGAA